AUGCCAUCGUCGCGUAUCCGAAAACGCGACUCAACCCUCCAAACCCUCGACAUCCUGAAUAAAGUCGGUAGCGCUAGCCCCAACGCCAGCCCCAACACACGUUCGUGCGUGCUCCCGCCCCGUCGCAAGCUCCACGUGGUCUCUCGCGCUCAGGAGCCCAGGAGCGAUGGUAUUUGGAAUAUACCGAAGUCACCAGAGAAGCGCGGAGGGGAUGCUGGAAGGGAAAGGGUUGGGGUUAGUGAGCCGAUUACGCCGCGACGGUCCACGAGGAUUCGGGAGACUACAUCUUUGGUGGGUGGCGAUGAUAAGGGGAUGACAAGGAGCGGAGGUCAGAGGUCGUUGAGGUCUAUGCGGGGAGUCGACUAUCAGGAGAAGAAGGGUGAUGGGGAAGAGGAGAGUGGCGAAGAGGGUGAAGACGAGGACAAUGGUGAGGAUGAACAGGAACAGGAAGUGGAAGAGGGGGACGACGAGGAGCAAGAAAUCCGCCUAUUCUCAGACGACGAGUCUGAAACUACCAAACCACCGGAUACAUGUUCCCUACGGAAAAAGUCGCAUGAACAAUCAAGUGACAAGGAAUUCCCGAGCUUCCUCUCUCCCACCGCACUUCUCAAUGGCCAGGUGCCAUCCAGCGAUGACGAAUCCAACGAGACUAAUGAGCCCUAUUUCAACAACACAGGACAGGAAGAAAACAGUGAUUCAAAAGCGCAACAUUCAAACGCAGAGGAGCUUGGCGAGGCUGAAACCAAUCGACUCGGCGAGAGCAGGAGCUGGCGUCAACCGCCCAGUCCAGUAGUCGAGAUUAGGUUGCCCCUGAGCUCACCGCAUAAACCACGGAGUUCACCACCAGUGCAGGAGGUGCGCAGGGAUCCGGCAGAGAGGGGAUCCGAUGAGUCUGAGUGGAAGGACGAACAAUCAUUCGAUAACGUGGUCAACGGCGAAAAGUCGAGCAGCAUGAGCAUACCACGUAGAUUAGAAAGCUCAUCAGCGGAGCAGGAGAUGCGCGAAGGUUAUAUAGAAAGGGAGGUGGGAAGAGAUUCAGAUGACUCUGAAUCGGAGGAGGAGCAACCAGCCGAAAAUGCGAUAGACGGAGGCGAAAGACUAAGCAGAUCGAGCAUACCACAUAGAUCACGGAGCUCACCAGAGCAGGAGACGCACCACGACUGUACAGAUGGGAAAUCAGAAAAUGAAUCUGACUACUCAUUGGAGGAGAAUAGAGCAAUAAACGAAGCUCAACGAGCGGGCAACGCGAGGUUACGGAGCUUACUGGCAGAGCUGGGGGCGCGGAGGAAUUGUACACAAAGAGAACCUAAUGAACCCGAGUCAGAGGAGGAACAUUUACCGGAUGAUAUGGUAAACGAUGGCGGGAAAUCCAUAUCAAGUUUCCAGCCGGAAGAUGAACAAAAUUCUAGCAGCUCUUCUCCUGAACCCUCUGAUGCGGACGAAGAGGUCUUUCCACAACGUCAACCCAGAAAACGACGGCGUGUUAAGCGCUAUCCUCCGGGGCUAACCCGGCCCCGAAGCAACCAGAACCCAAUGUUUGUAACUGAGCAGAGUGGAGGAAGCGAAAGCGAAGAAAGUGAUGUGUCAGAUAAUGAGGAUGAUGAAGCAGAGAGGGCAGCAGCUAUCGCGGAAGAAGAAGAGCAGGCAAGGAAACUUCAAUGGAUGGAGGAGGCGAUGAGACUUGGUGGACAACGAGUGAACUGGCUUAUCUUGACCAGGACAGCCAGAGAACUGAAGCAACUAGUUGAUCCCGCUUUAGCUGAAUCGUUCGUGGAUAUCUGGUCAACAAUCAGAGUAUUGUCUCAGCUCUACGGGGAAAGGGAUAAUCGGCCAUCUGAAAUGACUCUCAGACAAUGCGACAACCUCUUCGGAAGCAUCCGGUGUGAGGGAGAUAGGCUGCUCGACCAAGCCUAUCAUCUAGCCACUAGGCCCGAUGGAGCUCGCGACGAAGUAUUUGCGUGUGACCUAGUGGACGAAUUCGAGGCACGAGUGAUCCCGGAAAUGGUAAAGCUGGUCUUUUCCUGCUUCAACGCUUACUAUACCGAUGUAGACAUGUUCCCUGGGAUUCACGAUCACUUUCGUCGUGUGCUUGUUCUCCUCCGGCAGCUUUGCGAUCGCACUACGAGUAUGAAGAUGCAGCGGAUUGUGCAUGGUACGGUGCGCUGCAAAGAACUUGGACGAGCACUGAACACCAUCAUUAAAGCGCUAGAUUCACAGGAUUUACGAAUAAGGAAACCAGGAAGAUCUUACAGCUCUAUCUCGGAUAAGUCCGGACAGGAUAGGUCGCGCGGUUCUAUAGCGAUCGAGGAUGAUAGUGGCCGAGAGUGGUCUCAGGAUGAGGGCCUAGCUCUGAUCGAUGGACUGCGGGCAUAUCAGGGACCUGACCGGUACCUCCGUAUCAUUGGGCACUUCGGGCAUCGACUGCAGAACCGGACCCAGCAGGAACUGCGCGCAAAGGCGUUACAGGUGCAUGACAAGAUACGGCCAAAGAUUUCGACGCAGGUACAGACGGCAGAGGGACGACGGCAAUGGGAGUGGCUGCUGAAUGUGCGGGCGUAA